CCCCCAGGAGCCACCCGGACGCCUGAGCCCCCGCAGCGCUCCGGUCGACUCGUCCACCCAUCAGCCCAUCAGGCGUCCUCGCCCGCCGCUCCUCGGGGCUCCCUGGCCAUGUCUCCCGCCCGGCUCCGGCCCCGCCUGCGGUUCUGCCUGCUCCUGCUGCUGCUGCUGGUGCCGGCGGCGCGGGGCUGCGGGCCGGGCCGGGUGGUGGGCAGCCGCCGGCGGCCGCCGCGCAAGCUCGUGCCGCUCGCGUAUAAGCAGUUCAGCCCCAACGUGCCCGAGAAGACCCUGGGCGCCAGCGGCCGCUAUGAGGGCAAGAUCGCGCGCAGCUCGGAGCGCUUCAAGGAGCUCACCCCCAACUACAAUCCAGACAUCAUCUUCAAGGACGAGGAGAACACCGGCGCCGACCGCCUCAUGACCCAGCGCUGCAAGGACCGCCUGAACUCGCUGGCCAUCUCGGUGAUGAACCAGUGGCCUGGAGUGAAGCUACGGGUGACCGAGGGCUGGGACGAGGACGGUCACCACUCGGAGGAGUCGCUGCAUUACGAAGGCCGCGCGGUGGACAUCACCACGUCGGACCGCGAUCGCAAUAAGUACGGACUGCUGGCUCGCUUGGCAGUGGAGGCCGGCUUCGACUGGGUGUAUUACGAGUCCAAAGCCCACGUGCAUUGCUCCGUCAAGUCUGAGCACUCAGCCGCAGCCAAGACAGGCGGCUGCUUCCCUGCUGGAGCCCAGGUGCGCCUGGAGAGCGGGGCACGUGUGGCCUUGUCAGCUGUGAGGCCCGGAGACCGCGUGCUGGCCAUGGGGGAGGAUGGGAACCCCACCUUCAGCGACGUGCUCAUUUUCCUCGAUCGUGAGCCGGACAGGCUGAGGGCCUUCCAGGUCAUCGAGACCCAGGAUCCCCCGCGCCGCCUGGCACUCACACCCGCCCACCUCCUCUUCACGGCCAACAAUCACACUGAGCCAGCUGCCCACUUCCGAGCCACGUUUGCCAGCCAAGUGCAGCCUGGCCAAUAUGUGCUGGUGGCUGGGGUGCCAGGCCUGCAGCCUGCCAGAGUGGCAGCUGUCUCCACGCAUGUGGCCCUGGGGGCCUAUGCCCCAUUAACGAGGCAUGGGACACUGGUGGUGGAGGAUGUGGUGGCCUCUUGCUUUGCGGCCGUGGCUGACCACCACCUGGCUCAGUUGGCCUUCUGGCCCCUGCGACUGUUUCACAGCUUGGCAUGGGGCAGCUGGACCCCAGGGGAGGGUGUGCACUGGUACCCCCAGCUGCUCUACCGCCUGGGACGUCUCUUGCUGGAAGAGGGCAGCUUCCACUCGCUGGGCGUGGCCGGGGCAGGGAGCUGA